GAUAAAUCCCUUUUGGCUCCUUUAUUCAACGGACGCCCGUCGCAGCUUCAUUUCAAGCUCACCGCCCGUUUAGUUUUUGUUUGUCGAGCCCAAGGCGUCUGGCGGGUAAGGCGGAUUCCAUUCUGCCAUCCGACAAACGAGACCGACACCAAGGCGCCGUUUUCAGCUGGCCUGCAUCCCUCCCUCCAUCCUGCCCAGCUGCGCAUCGAAGCUGCUCGAUUUGACAGGGGCCAGCUCCGCCGCACCAGCCUUGUGCACCGGGCAGCACCACCUCUGUGCUGCACAUGCGCCCUCUUCCUGCAGUUACCUUGGCUGCAAACGGCCGCCACCCCGACCACUUUACUGCUACGCCCCUGCUCUCUCUCCUGAUCAAUCAAUCCCGACAAACUCCAGUUCAUUCCGUUCCUCCCACAGCCAAACCCCCUGUGCUGUGCGCCCUCUACCACUCUCGGUUUUGGGACCGCUGUUUGAUAGUAGCUUUAUUUGAUGGGGACGAGCUUUAUACGUUGCUAUUCCCGCAACUUUCUUUGCAUUUCCUCCCACUCUCCUGCCCGGCUGCGGCUGUACCACCCCUCGUCCCGGCUCCCAAUCGACCAAUAUCGUUAAGCGACCACAGGCUACUCGCUGAGCGCCCGCCUCAUCCAACAUGGCAGCACAGCUGGGGGGCGACAUGAUGAGCUUUGUCCAGAGAUAUCAGAUCCUCAAGCAACAACAAGACAGCAGUGACGAGCUAAUCAAGGACCUUCUACUCUACCUCAAGAACGUCGAUGAAAAUCUCCGCUCCGAAAACCGGUCGCUUCAGAAAGACCUCCACGAGGCCCGGCUCGACCUCGAUGACGCCCGCAAGUCCCGUCGUGAGUUCCAGGCUAAACUCCAGGAGGCCGAGGACCUCCGCGACUACUACAAGCAAGGUGCCGAGAUAUAUAGAAACCGAAACCAAUAUGUCGUCGUCCUGAUCGACGGUGAUGGCCUCCUUUUUAAAGAGUCGUUCAUUACCCAGGGCGUCGAGGGUGGCAAGAGAGCUGCCAAUUUCCUGAGGGGUGCCAUUCUACAGCAGUGUGGCGAGCUUGCCGACGAGCUUGAGGUUCAUGCCAAGGUCUGCGCCAAUCUUUCGGGCCUGGCCAAGGCCAUGAAGCGCGAGGGCUCUAUACAAGUCGAGACGGAUCUCCGCGACUUCUUUGUUGGCUUUUCGCAGGCCAAAGCCUCGUUUGAUUUUGUUGAUGUCGGCCACGGUAAGGAGCGUGCCGACUCCAAGAUCAGAGAGGCGGCCCGAUGGCACCUUCGCAACGUUAAUUGCAGGCAGGUUGUGCUCGGCGUGUCGCACGACUCUGGAUAUGCCCCGUUUCUGGACGAGGUACUGCGCGACGAACAAUCAAAAAACAUGAUCACCAUUCUUGAGGGCUUCCCCACGGUGCGGGACAUUGUCGCCACGGGCGUCAACCGAGUCAACUUUACAAAUGACCUCUUUCGCUCCGACAAGUUGGUCGACCGGCUGCCGUCCAACGCGCCCCCGCCUGGUCUCGCUGGGGCGACCUCGCCGACUCCGAUCAACUCCGUGCCCGGGGUCCCGUCGUACGCGGGCGUUACCGCCGUCAGCGCUAGUCCACCGCCCCCGCAUGCGGCGCCUCCGCCGCCCACGCUCAACAUCCCGUUGGCGCCCAAACCAUCGGCGAAUGCUUCGCGGGGAGCCAAACCGCCGCCGUGGAACCCGGGCCCUCGCGGCCUGGACAAGCCAAUCCAGGUGAACCAGGCGGCCCUGGACGGCAUAAAGAAGCGCAAGGAUCAGAGCAAGCUGUGCAAUAACCACUACCUCCGCCCGCCCUGCCAAAAGGGAAGUGCUUGCUGCUUUGAGCACGAGUACGAACCCACGAAAGACGAGAGGACAGCCAUCGCCUUCCUGGCUCGCCUCAACCCUUGCACCAACGGGCAGGACUGCGACAUUGGCAACUGCAUUUACGGCCACCAUUGCCCCAGCACCAUUAACGGACAGUGCCAACAUCCGUACUGCAAGUUCCGCCCUGAUGAGCACCCCCCGGGAACCAAGUACAAGUCGACGUACCGGAACGGAGACUCGUACGACUCCUAGGUUGGGAAUGCGCUAAGUAUCGACAACUCAAUGUUCCGGGUAAUGACCACUCGCUUGACUUUGAAUUCCUUCAUCGUGUCCUAUGAAUGCCUCUAAACCAAACCAUGAUGUUUACUGGGCCGGGGAGGGGUGACAGCAGCUGUGUCGUAGGGGUUUUCUUAUUUCUUUUGUUGUCAUUUUGACGCGUGGGAUUCGCGGGCGUCGGUGUUGCUACAUCUGUCUCGCACAUGUAGCUGUACCUCACUCUCCUUGCCUGGGUCUCGUGCCCACAGACCUUGAGACACUUGGGCCGGGCUUGGUGGCUCCCAGACUGUGAACCGGCCACCAUACUCUCAUUUUAGAUAGCUGGGCUUGCCAUUUUGGCCCAAUAUUAUAUCCCACCGAACUGCCUUGGGCACUUGUGAGAGUGGUUUUCUUAUGCA